AUGGCUGAUGCAAAGAAAGGAAUGAUCAAAAUUAGCAGUUCUGACAAUGAAGUGUAUUCGGUUGAGCGUGAUGUCAUCCGCCUUUCAACAACCAUCAAUACACUGCUGCAGGAUCUCGGAAUGGAUGGCGAUGGCGUGGAAACCGAAAAUGCUGACCCAAUUCCUUUGCAAAAUGUCAACUCUGCAAUCCUCAAGAAGGUAAUUGGCUGGUGCCAAUAUCACAAGGACGAUCCUGUGCCAGCUGAAGACUCAGAUAGCCGUGAAAAGCGCACAGACGACAUUCCUUCCUGGGACGUUGAAUUUCUUAAAGUUGAUCAAGGGACUCUCUUUGAAUUGAUUUUGGCAGCCAAUUAUCUUGACAUCAAAGGGCUUCUCGAGGUGACUUGCAAGACAGUGGCCAACAUGAUUCGGGGAAAAACCGUAGAAGACAUCCGAAGAACCUUCAACAUCAAAAACGAUUUCACCCCUGAAGAGGAAGAACAAAUUCGAAAGGAGAAUGCCUGGUGUGAAGAU